UUGAUGCCAAUCUGCCAAAAAGGCGCGUGGUGUUCUAUAGGAAACAGAAUUUCGUCAAGACGCAAAACAUUUAUCAACUCGGAGAUACUAUUUGCACAUUGUCAAUUGUUUUUAAGUAAUAAAUAUGAGUAGCACAUAAAUUAAGGUACGAUAUCAACAAGUUAGAGAUUUGGAAAUUAUGCAUAAAUUUCUAAAAAAGCAAUCAUUUUUAAUAUAUUGACGUUGACGUUGACGUACCGUAGUAUUUUAAAUAGCUUCGUAAAGGUACUAAAUUUAUUUCGAAAAAAAAUUAAAUCAAAUAACAAUGCCACCAAGUGAUGAAGAUAGGUUACCAAAUAAUGAAAGAAACAGAACAAAUAAUGACGAACAACAACAGAACUUGCAGGUUAAUCCACAAGAAAUACAAGAUCCAGUAGUUCAUGAUGAAAUAUGGCCUUUAAAUUUUCAUUUGCAGAAUGCGGAAAUGAAUGCAUAUGACGAAUUUUUGGCAGAGAUCGCUGCUCGCCCUAUUCUUAUGCAGGAUGCUUCAACUUCUACUAACAACGAAGGAAAUAAUGCACAAAGUGGAAUAGCUGAACUAAACGAUAUGCCAGCAGUAUUGCAAUUAUGGGAAUCAAAACACACACAGCCGAAUUUCGAUCCAGUUCCCUUAUUAAUAAAAUUGGCUGAAAUAUUUGAAAAAGAGUUUGAUGUAUACAUGCGUAAAGAUCCAGAUCCUUUCGAUGAAAGACAUCCAUAUCGCACAGAUCCAAGUUGCCAGUAUGGACUCCUACUUAAGCAACUAUUUCGUAAAGAGACUUUUAUGAAUAAGCUUUUAAAUGACUAUUUACGUGAUAAUUAUUUUUCACGCCACAAUGUAAACAAAAGUUCAUUAGAAUUGAAUAUCAUUGCAUGUCGCAUUAUAUUAACCAUUAUGCCUGGUAUGGAAACUUCAGCGGUGUGGCAAGAUGAGGUAGAUACUCUUAUAACACGUUUAUAUAGUUGGGCAGAAGAUAGUAUAGAACCACUACAAAGUUAUGCUACUGGCUUAUUAGCAUCUGCAAUGGAAGUUCAAGAAGUCGUUAUGUCUUUUCGUGAAUAUAAUGUACGUUUAGUGCCAAAACUCCUCCGACGCCUGCAUAUGUUGCAAGCGUUUUAUAAGCCUUCAAACGACUUUCAAUCGCAAAUAACACCAAAUACCAGUGAACAAAAUUCUGCAAACAUCUCAGUCGAAGCGGAAGCAACUUCAGUUGUACAGCGGAACCUACCAAACUGGAUGGUUGACUCCGCCCCGCAAUCUCCACAACGUGUAGAAGAAUGUCCAAUACAAAACGCAACGACCUUAACACAGGAUAGUGUAGCCAAUAAUUCCAAUUUAUCAUUGCUAUUAGAAAAUAGCCGCGAUGCUCUAAUAAAUGGCAACAACGCUAGAAAACUAUAUAUUCCCAUACAUCCUCCAACAUCAGAGACUAGUCAAAUGCUUAUUUUGAGAUUUUUAACUGCUAUGGGAGAGUAUCAGGACUUACUUGGUUUGGUUUUUGAGAACAAUACCUUACAGCUUAUAAAUGGUUUCAUAACAAACAUUGACAGAGGAGAUACUAGACUGGCAUUUGAAGCAUUGAAGUACCUGGCGUCGCUUUUGGUACAUAAAAAAUUUGCGUUACUAUUUAUUCAUUGGGGUGGCUUGGAGCAUUUACUUAAAGUGCCGCAUUCCAGCCUGGCAUCUACAGGUGUUGCCAUUUGUCUCUAUUAUUUGGCAUAUUCUGAAGAUGCCAUGGAGCGUAUUUGCACUAUGCCAAAGUCCCUUAUUAAAGAAUUAGUUUCAUAUGGCUUGUGGCUACUGGUGCGUUCUUAUGAUUCCGGAAAAUGUCAUGCUACAAUGUUUUUCGGCUUAAGUUUCCAGUUCAAAGUCAUACUUGAUGAAUUCGAUAACCAGGAUGGAUUGCGAAAAUUAUAUAAUGUGACCGCGAUUAUGAAAAUACUUAAUCCUACUAGCAGUGAAGACAACACAGAAACUAACGAGGAUGUAGAAUGUGCGUCAAGACAGUUGGUGCGUCAUGUAUGUGUCGCAUUAAAACGUUACAUGGAAAGUCAUCUGUUUUACAAAUUUAAUGACUACAUGCGUUCGCAGUGCCCGACAUCGACUAACUUUUCCAAAAUUAUUACAAAAGCAACCAAAGCGAAUUUGGAGCAAAUUAAUGAACAAGUGCGAAUUUUACAAGAACAAAUCACUUUGCGUAUGUUCUGGAAACCGGUAGACCAACUGUUGCGAUUAGGGGGUGUAAAAUUACUAUUAAACAUAAUUGCUUUGUCGUAUGACUGGACGAACAGCGGAAAAGCGGAAACAAUGCGUUCAGCGCUCGACGUACUAUCGAUAUGCUGCGUAAUGCCACAAGUAUAUCAGGCACUUUGCAAUCGGUUAGAGAUUCCAGACAAUACGAUAUCCUCCGGGAUGUCGGCAAUAUUAGGUUGUGCUGCUGGUGAAAUUGCAGAUGGUGAGGUGCAAAAAUCCGCUCUAGCAGUGGUUUGCAAUUGUGUUUGUUCACCACUUAUGAAGAAAGAACUAAAUACAAAUAGAUGUUUAAAGGAACCUUCAACUACCAAGGCUUGGAACGCAACGAGACGUAUGCGAAAUACAAAAUACAUUGAAGAUUUGGUACAAAAAGCUUGGGAAUCUGUCUGCUGUAAUAGUGGUAUUAUUGUGCUGUUGAUGUUGGUACAAGUUAAAGCACCAAUAACGGACGCUGAUUGCAUACGCGGUAUGGCGUGCAGAGCAUUAGCGGGCCUGGCACGUUCAGAACGUGUACGUCAGAUAAUUGGAAAACUACCGCUCUUUGCUAGUGGGCAAAUUCAAACACUAAUGCGAGAUCCUAUUUUACAAGAAAAACGUGCUGAGCAUGUGAUAUUUCAAAAAUAUGCGUUGGAGUUAUUAGAACGUGUCUCGGGUAAAGCAAAACCAACUAACAAUCAACUAGAUCCUUCACUAGCCAAUAUACACAAAGCAAAUGUUAUAGCCCAGACAAAAAUACAAUAUAAUGAACAACAAUUGCUGCAAUUAAUAUGUGAGCACUUAGAUUCGAAAGGCUUAACCCAAUCUGCACAGGCUUUGCAAAGGGAAGCUGGCUUGCCUUCACCAAUCGUUACUACAAAAUUCUUCCAUCAGUCACCAUUCGACUAUAAAGCUAUGUCUUCUUCGUCCAUGGGUAGAAUACGUUUACGAAAUCGGAUGCAAGACGUCCAAGCAGCCAUUUUGUAUUGUUCAAAUGACCAAAUUAAUGAGGAACCAAGUGCAAAUAACUCACUAACUGCAACCCCCAUAAAACUUGUUAAGAAAGGAGAAAAAGCACAUAACACAAGUAUAACAAAUUUGAAUACAUCGAAUGUAUCCUCACAGCGUUCACUUCAGAAGCAAAUUACCUCCUAUUACCACGAUAACACGUUGCAAGACACUGAUGGUAUACCUAAGAUCAACAGCAUAAGUCUUAAUACUAUUGUUACGGAAUAUUUAACUAACCAGCAUGCACUGUGUAAUAAUCCAAUGACAACAUGCCCACAAUUCGAUCUGUUUACUCCGCAUAAAUGUCCCGAUCCGAAACCAAGUCGUGUACUAAACAGUCUUCAUAACUUGACCGCCCGUGUAUUUAGAGCACAAUCCGGUUAUAAUACAGCUACUUUGGAUCGACGUUAUGUUCAUACAAACAUCGCACCAUGGCAUAGCAUACGUUCCAACGAUUACAAUGAAACGCAAUUCUCCUGUUGCUCCUUCCUGCCAAAUUCAAAUCUAAUACUUUGUGGUACACAGCAAGGCGAUAUCAAAGCUUACAACGUCAACGAUUGCACCGAAGUGUUCACAUUUGACUGCUGCAGCGACUGCAUCGAUGUUAUAAAUGCCAAUCGCAGAGGUAAUUUAAUACUUACCUCAUGCUCUUGGCGUACGUCCAUGAGCAUACUUUGGUCUUUAAAAAAUAAUGAAGUGAUGCACGAACUUGACUUUCCUGAAGACACUUAUUGUGAAUUCAGUAGUCUUGCACAGGAUAAAGUACUGGGUACAAUGGCUGAGAUUGCACAUCUUUAUGACCUUCCAACUGGAAAAAUAAUAAGUACAUUUAAGCCUUCAAUAUCGAAUCAGUAUUCGAAAAAUCGUGCUACAUUUCAUCCCACCGAAGAGAUAGUAUUAUCAGAUGGAGUACUUUGGGACAUAAGGGUACAUAAGGAAAUUCAUAAAUUUGAUAAAUUAAAUCAAACACUUUCUGGGGUAUUCCAUCCAAAUGGCUUAGAGAUAAUUUCCAACACUGAAAUUUGGGAUAUGCGUUCUUAUCAUCUGUUACAAACAGUGCCUGUACUCAAUCAGUGUUUCGUGAAAUUCUCACCUAUGAAUGUACUUUACGGCUACAGCUUUGACAAUGAGACUCGCCACGAUUUUGAUGAGAAUAAUACGUAUGAUACAAGCUUUAAAGUCCUCGACCUCUAUGACUACACCAGUAUAACAACAAUUGAUGUGAAGCGUUACAUACAAGAUAUGAGCAUACACCAUAAUGGUUGCACUUUGGGGACAGUCGAGCACCAUAUGGGUUACGAUUCAAAGCAGGAGACAUAUGUUAAAAUGUACUCCGUCGGCAUGAAAAGAUUUGAUCAUGAGGAUGAGGAAGAUGAAGAGGAUCAAGACAGUGAUGAAGACGCAAGUGAAACAGAUUCAAAUGAUCCAAUUGUUGAAGUUCGACCAGAUGGAGUUUAUUUCCGAAGACGCACAAGACGGCGAAAUCGACGUAACAUAAAUUUUCAUAAUGUUGUUCCAGAUGGUGAAGCACAAGAAGAUGAUGAUGAUGAUGAUGACGACGAUGAUGAAGACGAUGACAUUGAUGACGAGGAUGUGAUAAAUUUAUUUGAAAAUAUGGAAACGGAUUCGGAUAAUAAUGAAGAUGGCGAACAAGAGGAGGGUGGAUCAGAUGAAGUUGAACUGAAUAGUGAUCCCGACAGUACGUCGUCGGAAAAUGAAUUCGAUGAAUCUCGUUUUAGACUUGCGUAAAAAAAGUUGUGUAACUAUUCUUUAGAAAAAUUAAACAAAAAUUAAAAUUGGCACAGCUAAUAAAUCUUUAAUUUAAGUAAAUUGAAUAAUAGUA